AGUUAUCUUAUACGCUUUGCAAUACGAGCACACGUUUUGGCAACAGCUAUGUUUGCGGAACAAAUUAAAAACGGCAUCAUAUAUGGAGAUCAAAACUUUUUCGUGCCACCGCAUUUAAAUAUUGGAGCGUUUGUUUUGGAAAAAAUUUUAGGACAUAACGACAGGGUCGCUCUGAUAAAUGGUGAAACGGAAGAGCAGAUAACAUAUCGAGAGAUGGUCCAAAAUAUAGUGAAUAUCGCUGCCGCCCUUACCGAUCUUGGUAUCAAAAUUGGUGAUGUAGUGGCUAUAGCCAGUGAAAACAGACUUGAGUAUUUCGUUACAUCGAUAGCCGUUUUCUGCUGCGGUGGCAUUAGCACCUUCUUUAACAACGCUUAUACAAAAAAUGAAUUGAUCCACGCUGUUAAUAUUUCCAAACCCAAGUUUAUAUUUUUGUCUGGCGAAGUUUUCAAAAAACAGUACGAAACUUUAAAAAGUAUUAAUAUAAUCCAAAAGUUCAUACUUUAUGAUGAUAAGCCAACAUCCAACGACUGCCUCAACUACCGGGAUUUAUCUGAGCGACAUGUAGAUAUUAACUCAUACAAACCUAUCGAUUUUAAAGGAACAAAUCAGACAUGCAUGGUCCUUUAUACAUCGGGAACUACAGGGUCUGCUAAAGGAGCUAAAGUGACCCAUCUUAAUUUAAUUGUAGCAUGCCAACAAAAACUAACGGUAAGCAGCGAAUUAACUCCUCUAUCCAUUGCACCAUGGUCAAGUACAAUGGGACAGCUGUUGACUUUACAAAAUAUCUACGAUGGAACAAAAUUGGUUUUCCUGCCCAAGUACAUUGAAAGAUUGUACAUAAAAACAAUUGAAAAAUACAAGAUUGGAUAUUUAGCUAUCGCACCCCCAAUAGUUGUGAUGUUGUGUAAAUCUACCAUCGUAAAUGAGUACGAUAUAAGUUCUGUUAAAAUCCUUUUAGUUGGAGGCGCACCGACUUACACGAAAACUAUUCGUCAGGUUAGAAGCAGAUUUCCCCAUAUAAAACACGUACUACAAGGAUAUGGGAUAACAGAAGCUUCCGGAGCAGUAUGUAGAGAGAUGGAACUUGCACACAAAGAGGGAAGUGUCGGCCAAAUCGUUCUAGGAAUGAUAAUUAAGGUCGUUGAUCCAGAAACUAACAAAAUAGUAGGAGUCGGCGAGCCAGGUGAAGUCCGAAUAAGUGGUCCAACUAUUUUUGACGGUUAUAUAGGAAAAGAUAAGAAGGAUGAUUUUGAUGAGGAAGGAUUCUACAAAACCGGCGAUAUCGCAUAUUAUGACAAGGAAGGCUAUUUUUUUAUUGUUGAUAGAAUAAAAGAAAUUAUCAAAUAUAAAGCAUGGCAGGUAGCUCCGUCAGAGCUCGAAGGACUACUACUACAGCACCCGGCAGUUAAAGAGGCUGGGGUUACCGGUGCUCCAGAUAUUUUAGCAGGGGAAUUACCAACGGCAUUCGUUGUCAAGCAGCCUGGCUUUCAAGUUACUAAACAAGAGAUUAUUGCGUAUAUUACCGAACAGGUAGCGCCGUGGAAAAGACUACGGGGUGGUGUAAUAUUUGUAGAUGAGAUACCAAAAACGCCCAGUGGCAAAAUUCUCAGGCGAAAACUUCGAGCGCUCCUGCCCAAGCAAAGUCCACAAAAUAUACCUGCCAGCAAAUUGUGAUCUCAGCGGAAACUUUGGCAAACUCAUACUUAUC